ACAGGCCCUAAGUAUUAACUCGAGAGUAUCGACACGAUGGAGUCCAUAGAUGUGGAGAGGAUGGAUGAUAUGGAGGAGGAGGAGGAGCAGAAAGAGGUGUCGGCGGUGGCGGCUUUCGUUCAGGAUGCGGUGGAGGACUGGGAUGACGAGGCCAAGAGUCGGGCGAGGUUCAAAGCCCUGAGCGGGCAGAGGUCGGAUUGGGAGCCACAAUACCGUUUCUGGAGAGACCUGAUUCUCAAGGUUGCUCGCCACCUUCACACCUUCAUCAUACGCCCUUCCCGCCUCAAACGCCGCUGGUUUCGCCGCGCUGGCAUCUCCCCUCUCUGCCUUGACCGCGUUCUCCUCGAAAUGCACCGUGCUGGAUAUCUCCUCCUGUCGCCAACCGCAAAAUCGACCACAACCACAGCCACAAGCCUCUCUCGGUUUCUUCGCAGUGCACUAGAUUUUUUAGCUCCGGGUAACCAAGACGACGACGCCGCUCUCUCCGGAGAUUGCUAUAUUAUUGCACCUCUCUUAGAGGAGCAAGCCCUUCAAGUAGUAUCGGUGCUGUCGGAGAAUCACUGGACCAAGUCUUGUGUCGUCACGGUGAGAAAGUUUGAGGAUAUUUGUUUAGGAGCGACUGAAGCACGCGCAAUAUUGGGCUACUUGUCAUCACGCGGUAAAGCAACGGAGUUCACCAUCGAUGGAGUUGGAGCCGAUCCUAUAGAGGGGGUGAAAGUGAGUCUUGUUCUUGGAGCUGUUUCUAGUGUCUCAAGUAUGGACCGCACUGUUCUGCACUUAAUUUGGACUACAGAAAAUCUUGAGCGUCGACUACAUUUGAUUGACCAGCAGUAUAUGAAAAGCAGGAACUCUGCGUUAGCCUCGCUGAAAUCCGGGAACCGCGAAAAUGCCUUGAGAUAUGUUAAAAAACUAAAGCUGGUAUCUCAGAGUAGAGAAAGAUGCACAGCGCUAUUGGACAGGGUGGAGAAAGUUCUCAAUGUUAUCACAGAUGCUGAGUCCUCUAGAAAGGUUUUGGAAGCAAUACAAAGCAGUACACAAGCCAUUCGGAAAAAUCAGAUCAGUGUUGAAGAAGUUGAGCUUUGUCUGCAGGAAGUUGACGAGAACGUUGAUUCACUGAAACGACUUGAUAAUGCAUUAGAAUCAACUGCUUCAUAUGGUGAGAUAGAUGGUGAAGAUAUAGAAGAUCAGUUUAACCAACUGAAGCUGGAAAUUGAACCUCCUGACACAAGCCACCAAGUGUCUACGGAAAGCGGUUUUGAGAAAUCUGCAGAUGUUGAUAAACCUGAUGCUUUGGCCCAUGCUUUGGCACGUCUCACUUUUAAAGAUGGUGCAGCAGCAGACUCUGUGAAGCCAAAGGCCCCCAACAGCAACAGCAGCAUGUCAAAGGAGGAAAGGCUUGAAGCUGCUUGACCUUAUUAUAUACUCAUUCGUCAAGAGGAUGAUCGGUGUAUGGUAUUUUGUGUUAAUUUGGAAAUUAUGAGGAUGCUAUUUAUUCUUAGUCAGGUCUAAUGGCAUCUCUUUGUAUAUCAGAAUGCACCCUUAAGUCCUCAGUUGGUGGAUGAUGAUGAUGAUGAUGUAUGGCAUUCAUUGGCUCCAUCCUGAUCCCGAAAUAUGUUGUUAUGUCUUUGGAUGGUUAUGGAUUUUGUGGCACAAAUUAUUGUGAUGUGGGUGGGUAUGCAAGCAAGUCUUUUUUGUCUCUAACCAAA